AUGUCGAAAUCUUCUCAGUCAUCCUUACCACCAAAAGAUACAGAAGAAGAGGAAGAUCUCGUUGAAAAAAGUAUAAAGUUCAACACUUGCUAUCGCAGUCGUUUUAGAGCAACAGGUUGCUGGGAGGAACACAUUGCAGUACUCGACUGUAAAGGAGAUACUGGCGACUGGAGGCAGUGCCAAAGUCAACUUUCCGUAAUGCUGUCAGAUAUAUUUGGAGAGUUCAUUAUCGACGAAGAAGAUGUUAGAGAUCGCGUUCAGUUCUGCAAACCUGAGCAGUACUCCGCUGAAAUUCAUAAUAAAGGCUGGUUUUUGAAUUUAUCGUACUCCAAGGAUAGAAAAGAUGAUGAAGAAAGAGAAUUAACAAACCACAAAGCAGCUUAUUUUUAUCAUCAUGAACAAUAUGAAGAAGCUGUGAAGGAGUACAAGACGUUGCUCAACGAUUUCAAACACAGUCGUACCCACUUUGUGGCGGUAAUCGACUCCCUAAUUCGUUGUGCUUUGAAGGUCCCAUCGUUUCCAAAAGACGAGAUACUGCGUUAUCUCCACGACUACGAACAAUCUGCUCUCGAUUAUGGUGAUCAGCUCCAGUAUCUGAAUGCUGCAAAAGAGGUCUUUAGCAAAAUCCCUGGGGAAGAAGCGCAGGGCAAGUUUAUCGAUGCAGUCUGCCUC